AUGUCAGCCAACAUGGAUUUCACAGACCGGGCAAAACAGGCUGUGGAGGGUGCCAUGACCCUGGCCGAGCAAUACGGCAACUCCCAGCUCUUGCCCAUCCAUCUCGCAGUGUCGCUUCUCGACCCUCAUGACAAGAACCAGGAGCAGCAUGGGUCGACAGCAACCCCCUCAACCACAUUGUUUCGGCAAGUAGUGGAACGAGCCAACGGCGAUCCUCAGCUCUUUGACCGUGCCUUGAAGAAGAGGUUGGUGCGGCUACCGAGCCAAGACCCCCCGCCAGAGCAGGUCUCGCUGGCCCCUCAGUUCCACACCGUGCUGCGCAAGGCUAUGGAGCUCCAGAAGGUUCAGAAGGACUCGUACAUCGGCGUCGACCACCUCAUCAACGCACUCUCAGAGGACAGCACCGUCCAGGCCGCACUCCAUGAUGCAAACAUCCCCCGGCCCAAGCUGGUCCAGGACGCCGUCCAGGCCAUCCGCGGUACCAAGCGAGUCGACAGCAAGACGGCCGAUACGGAGCAGGAGAACGAGAACCUGGCCAAGUUCACCAUUGACAUGACAGCCAUGGCCCGGGACAAGAAGAUGGACCCCGUCAUCGGCCGAGAGGAGGAGAUUCGCCGCACCAUCCGCAUCCUGUCCCGACGCACGAAGAACAACCCGGUCCUCAUCGGUGAGCCCGGUGUGGGCAAGACCACCGUCAUCGAGGGUCUCGCCCAGCGAAUCGUCAACCGCGAUGUCCCCGACAACCUGAAGCACUGCAAGCUCCUCUCCCUCGACGUCGGCUCCAUCGUCGCCGGCAGCAAGUACCGUGGAGAGUUUGAGGAGCGCAUGAAGGGCGUCCUCAAGGAGAUUGAGGACUCCAAGGACAUGAUUGUCCUCUUCGUCGACGAGAUUCACCUCCUCAUGGGCGCCGGUUCCUCCGGAGAGGGCGGCAUGGACGCCGCCAACCUUCUGAAGCCCAUGCUGGCCCGUGGCCAGCUGCACUGCAUCGGUGCCACGACGCUCAACGAGUACCGCAAGUACAUUGAGAAGGAUGCCGCCUUUGAGCGUCGUUUCCAGCAGGUCCUGGUCAAGGAGCCAACCGUCAACGAGACCAUUUCCAUCCUCCGAGGUCUGAAGGAGCGCUACGACAGGCACCACCGCGUCACCAUCCUCGACAACGCCCUGGUGGCCGCCGCUAAUCUGGCGGCCCGCUACCUGACCUCGCGACGCAUGCCCGACUCGGCAAUCGACCUCGUCGACGAGGCUGCCGCUGCCGUGCGCGUGGCCCGCGAGUCGCAGCCCGAGGCGAUCGACUCCCUCGAGCGUAAGCUUAGGCAGCUCAUGAUCGAGAUUGCCGCCCUGGAGAAGGAGAAGGACGAGGCAUCCCAGACUCGUCUCCAGCAGGCCAGGAAGGAUGCCAUGAAUGUCGAGGAGGAGCUCCAGCCGCUGCGCGAAAAGUACCAGAACGAGAUCAAGCGUGGCGAGGAGAUCCACCUGGCCAAGGUCAAGCUGGACGAGUUCGAGAAGCGCCUCGAGGAUGCCAUGAACGCGGGAGACCACGCCAAGGCCGCCGACCUCAAGUACGGCGCCAUCCCCGAGCAGGAGGCCGUCAUCAAGGAGCUCGAGUCCAAGAAAGCCCAGGCCGACGCCGCGCUCAACGCCUCGGGCGCCGACAGCGGCUCCAUGGUGACGGACAUCGUCACGGCCGACCACAUCAACGAGAUUGUCGCCCGCUGGACCGGCAUCCCCGUCACCCGCCUCCGCACCUCGGAGAAGGAGAAGCUCAUCCAGAUGGAAAAGGUGCUGGGCAAGUCCGUCGUCGGACAGAAGGAGGCCGUGCAGGCCGUCUCCAACGCGAUUCGCCUGCAGCGAUCCGGACUCAGCAACCCCAACUCACCUCCCAGCUUCCUCUUCUGCGGACCGUCGGGUACGGGAAAGACGCUGCUGACCAAGGCCCUCGCUGAGUUCCUGUUUGACGACCCCAAGUCCAUGAUCCGACUCGACAUGUCCGAGUACCAGGAGCGGCACGCACUCAGCCGCAUGAUUGGCGCGCCGCCCGGAUACGUGGGCCACGACGCGGGAGGCCAGCUGACGGAGGCUCUCCGUCGCCGUCCGUUCUCCAUCCUCCUGUUCGAUGAGGUGGAGAAGGCGGCCAAGGAGAUCCUGACCGUCCUCCUGCAGCUCAUGGACGACGGGCGCAUCACCGAUGGCCAAGGCCGCGUGGUGGACGCCAAGAACUGCAUCGUCGUCAUGACGUCCAACCUGGGAGCCGAAUACCUGACCCGCAGCAAUAAGGAGGGCCGCGUGGAGCCGGCAGCACGGGAGCUGGUCAUGGGCGCCCUGCGCAACUACUUCCUCCCCGAGUUCCUCAACCGCAUCAACUCGAUCGUCAUCUUCAACAGGCUGACGCGCCGGGAGAUCCGCAAGAUUGUCGACUUCCGGCUGGCCGAGAUCCAGAAGCGUCUCGAAGACAACGGCCGCAAGGUCCGCAUCGAGGUGUCGGACGAGGCCAAGGACCAGCUCAGUGCCAGCGGCUACUCGCCCGCCUACGGCGCCCGCCCACUCCAGCGCCUCAUCGAGCAGGAGAUCCUCAACAAACUGGCCGUCCUCAUCCUGCGCAACAACGUGCGCGACGGAGAGUCGGCCCGCGUGGAGCUCGACGACGGACGCCUCGUCGUCCUGCCCAACCACCCCGAUAGCGACGUCGACGGCGAGGUCGAGAUGGUGGACUCAGAUGAUGCGCUCGAAGAUUUCGGCGAGGAGGGGAUGGACGAGGACAUUUACACUUGA